UCGAGUCAGUCAGUCUGUUAUCGCGACCCGCCGCCCGACCACCACAUAUACCGCAGCGCAGAACAGCGCGCGGACCGACCACACCAAACACAAUUAUAAUAAUAUUAUUGCCGAUACAGUCAGACGAACGCCAAACGAAACCGUUUUGCAUUUCGCGCGCGACACACAGCACCGUCGACUGCGACGUGCCUACUGCACACGGCAGUUCCCCUGCGCGCUCGUCGUACGGAUCGCGUUAUAGUAAAUUCUUCGUCGUGCACUUUCAACGCCGCAACAGCAGCAGCUCUCUCUCCUUUGGCGCCGCCACCGCCGCGUAACGUUUUAUUCCUAUCGCACGCCGCACAACCGUCAAUACAACAACAACAACAACAACAACAACAACAACAACAAUAACAACAACGGUAAUAUCGUCCGUAAAUCGCGGUCCGCCGAAAGCCCGCCGCCUCGCGGUGCGCCCCAUACACCGUAAUUCUUCGUCGUCGUGGGAUUGAUGUUCUCGCGGUGAACACUCUCGUCGAUAAGUCGACCGACACGCACGCCAGCCCGCAGUAGCAGCCCGCGAGUCCACACACGAACACGUACACGCCGACCGACCGACCGCCGCCGUCGAGAUGCACAACAAAAAGGGCAAGCUGUGCACCAAGCUCACCAGCAGUUUCCUGCGCAAGUGGUGGGUCGUACUUGCCAUAGCCGUAGCCCUAUUAGUCGGCGGCUUACUAGUGGUGGCGUUUUUCACGGCAGCAGUGGAACUGGUUAUCGAUGACCAAAUCACCCUGCGGCCCGGUUCUCAGACGUUCGAGAUGUGGCGUAAACCGCCUGUACGACCUUUGUUAAAAGUGUACAUAUACAAUGUCACUAAUGCUGACGAGUUUUUGAAUGUGGUCGCACCAGGUGAGGUACGGGAGAAGCCGGUCUUGGAUGAAUUGGGUCCAUUCGUCUACGUGGAAACAUGGGAAAAAGUUAACCUGACAUUCCAUGACAACGGCACGCUCACGUACAACCAGCAAAAGGUUUACAGGUUUGACCCCGAACAGAGCGUAGGUUCCGAAGACGAUGUAGUUGUAGUACCGAAUAUUCCGAUGUUGUCAGCCACGUCACAGAGUAAACACGCUGCCCGAUUCUUGAGACUGGCCAUGGCCAGUAUUAUGGAUAUCUUGAAGGUAAAACCGUUCGUCGAGGUGAGCGUCGGUCAACUGCUGUGGGGUUACGAAGACCCGCUGUUGAAACUGGCCAAGGAUGUGGUGCCCAAGGAACAGAAGUUGCCGUACGAAGAGUUUGGUCUACUGUAUGGGAAAAACGGAACUUCACGUGAUAAUAUGACUGUGUUCACUGGGGCCACGGAUAUCCGGCUCUUUGCCGCCUUAGACAAGUUCAACGGACGCACACAUCUGCCACACUGGACCACCGAUUCGUGCAACCGUAUGUCCGGUGGAAGCGACGGUUCCCUUUUCCCUCCCAGGAUUCAACCAGACACAGUUCUACACGUCUUCGAUAAGGACAUGUGCCGGAAACUGCCCCUAGUGUUCAAAAAGCAAGUUGAAGCUAAGGGAGGAGUGAAAGCGUACCGAUUCGGUCCCGACCACCGAGCGUUCGCUGACCCAGACCACGAGCCGGAGAAUAGUUGCUACUGCCCUUCACUGAACAGUCCCAGUGGCAACAGUACUUCUGGUACCAGUAGUACAACCACAGCAAUGCCCACGGUGUCGACAAAAAUGAAUUUUCCACAGUGCGCACCUCACGGCACGUUCAACGUAAGCCUGUGUCAAUACGACUCUCCGGUGUUGCUGUCUUUCCCUCACUUUUACAUGGGUGAUCCACGACUCAGAGAAGCCGUCCUUGGUAUGGACGAGCCAGACGCUGAACGCCACGAGUUUUACAUAGAUGUACAACCUGAAAUGGGAGUGGCUAUGCGUGCCAGAGCCCGUGUGCAAAUUAAUCUGGCCGUGAGCCAAGUAGUAGACAUCAAACAAGUUGCCACAUUUCCCGACAUCGUGUUCCCGAUUAUGUGGUUCGAAGAGGGCAUCGACGAACUGCCCGACAACGUGAUCCAACUGCUCAAGCUGGCCACGCAAACGCCGCCAGUGGCUAAGGCUGCACUGCAGUACGCGUUGUUCGCCUCGGGAGCCGUGCUACUGCUGUUGGCACUCGGGUGUCUGGUGCGCAACUCGCACCGUCAAGAGACCAUGUCCCUCGAAGGUACAGCGCACUACAGCCAGGACGAAAAGAAGAAACCGAAGAAGACAAUCCCACCCGCGCCCAUGAGCACCACAGUGUUGUCCAACGGUAACGGGACCGCCGCCAAGGCCAACGCCGGUUACGUUGCCGACGACGAAUAACUCCAGUAGUUCGGGAGACAACGGGGACGGCGCUGCACGGACGACCACCGGACGAGAAAACCGAAAACCCAUCGCUUGGGUGACGCCCAUGUAGUCAUUCUGCUACCAAUGCCGCUCUAGAUAAUACGAGAUCUAUCGCAAUGUACAUACAUCAAUGAUGAUAUAUAAUGGAUAUGACUGGCGGUGACUCGAUCUGUCUGUCAUUAUUAUUAUUAAUUUUAUAUUAUUAUUAUUAUUAUUAUUAUAUAUAUUAUAUAAAUACUGAACUCUCUCUCUCUCUCUCUCUGUCAACCGACUACUACAACUGUAAAAUACGCGAGUGCACGUGGUCGACAAGUUGAGUGACGAAAACGAUCAAAAUCGCGUAUAUUAAAUAUUGUAUAAAAAUGCGAUGAUGGUUGUUUGUGCCAACGGGUUAUUUCUUCUCCGCGUCGACAUAUUUCGACUUCGACAAUGAUAAUAAUUAUCUCUAUUAUUAUUAUUAUUAUUAUUAUUAUUAUUAUGUAAUUAUCCGGACGUAUCUAUACGAGAAAUAUGUGACGUGUAAUACUGUCUUCUUGUACAUAGAACGACAAUUUGUUGUCAAAAAAUUAACGUUUUUAUUAUUAAUAUAUAAUAGAAUAUUAUGAUUAUUAUUUUUGUUUUUGUGGAAAAAUGCUCAUAUUAUUAUUAUUAUUUUUAUUUUUUUGUCAUUGGCUAUUAUUAUUUUAUGUGUUUUUUUUCGUUCGUUGACUCGUGUAUAUAGUUAAUAUUAUUAUAGUUAUUAUCCGGAGGAACUUAUAAUUUUAUUUGGUUUUAAAAUAUUCUAUAAUUUAUUAUCGUAAACGUUGUGCAGUUUGUCUUCACCAUAAUCAACUUAAGAAGUGCAAACAUGAUAUUUACACUUUCAUAAAGAAAAAUUAGUAGGUUACCCUAUAUAUUUGAUGAGCCGGGGGACAACAAACAUGCGCUCCAAACGUAAACAUUAUGAUAUAAUGAUUUUAUUAUUGUUAAAAAAUAUAAUAUAUAAAUAAUUUUAUUGAUUAACCGCUCUUGCGGUCGAGGUUUUCGGGUUUCGUUUCUCGUCGUUUGAAGUACAAUAUGAUUACAAUUUACAAAAGAUUUGUGUACCUAUAUAUUAUUCAACGCUCGUUUUCCCGAGUAUGUCAUAUAUAUCGCUCAAUUACGUACAUACAAAAUUAUCUUGUACAAUAACAAUUUAUUAUUAUUAUUAUUAUUAUUAUUAUUAUUAUUCAUACCUUGUGUUUAUAAAAUAAGUUUUUGUUUUAUUAUUGUAAGAUUAUUUAAUAACUUUGUGUUUUGUGUACAUUUUCACGGGGAGAUAUAAAAUUAUUGCAAGUUAAAAAUAUUAUAUAUACCUAUAUACA